CAACACUGACUGAAACGGUAGUUAGUUCUCAGCCCAGCAGAGAGACGCUACUCGAGAGGAGACACUUCAUGGAGACACUUUGACUGAAGUCCUGUCAACUCAUCUGUUACAGAUUGUUCCGUCAUCAGUAAAGACGGAUGGAUGAGGCUACAAGCUGUUUUAAAAAGCUCCUUGAUCCUCGGUGGCAGCAACUGAUAUAAAUAUAAUGGCGGAAGCUGCGAGACCCUCAGCAGGAUCAUCUGGUGUAGCUACCAUGGCAGAAGAGAAACAGCAUCAUUCACUGAUCCAGAGAGUGAAAACGAUGGCGUCUGUUAUAGAGCUGCUUUUGGAAACAAUGAAAGAUUUGAGUGACAAGGAGCUCAGGAGGUUCAAGGAUGCCCUGAGACAAACUUACUUUGCUAAACGUUACAUCCCGCGGUGGCAGCUGGAUAUGAAAGACAUGCAGGACACAGUGUUUUUAAUGGUGCUGACCGACGGCCAACGGUCUGUGGAGAAGACCAAGGAGGUUAUAAAGACGAUGAAGAGGACUGAUCUGGUGCAGAGGUUGUCAGACAGCAGCUCAGGACCCAAAAAAAAACACUCUGUGGAUGAACACCUGUCUGCACUGAUCCACAAAGUGGCAACAAUGAGGGCCGUUAAAGAGCUGCUUUUGGAAACACUCAAUGAUUUGAGCUCCGAGGAGUUAACGCAAUUCAGGUGGUUGCUGCAGUUCACGUUCUUCCAGAGGAACCUUCCACUCACGUCAUGGAGUAAACUGCUGGAGUCAACUUGGGCAGACCUGGUGGAGAUGAUGGUGGGGAUGAUGAUGGAGAUGUACGGUCAUCAGUCUGUGGAGGUGACUGAGGAGAUUUUCAUGGACAUGAACAGAACUGAUCUGGUGCAGAGGCUGUCAGAGAUCAGCUCAGGACCCAAAGAGAAACACUGUGUGGAUGAACAUUGGCCUGCACUGACCCAGGAGGUGGAAACGAUGGCGUCUGUUAUAGAGCUGCUUUUGGAAACACUGAAAGAUUUGAGUGUGAAGGAGCGCUGGAUGUUCAAGGAGGUUCUGAGUGAAACUGACUUUGCCAGACGUUGCAUCCCGUGGUUGCAGCCGACGAUGAAAGACAUGCAGGACGUAGUGUUUUUAAUGGUGCUGACCGACGGCCAACGGUCUGUGGAGAAUACCAAGGAGAUUUUAAAGACGAUGAAGAGGACUGAUCUGGUGCAGAGGUUGUCAGACAGCAGCUCAGGACCCACAAAGAAACACUCAGAUGAACACCGACCUGCACUGAUCCAGAAAGUCGCAACAAUAGCAGCUGUUAGAUAUCUGCUCUUGGAAACUCUGAAACAUUUGAGUUAUGAGGAGAUCUGGAAAUUCAACGAGUUCCUGCAGUCGAUUGUUUCACAGAAGAACCUCCCAGACAUCUCAUUGAUGUUCAGUUUCACAUCAGACAGAGCAGAAACAGUGGAUCAGCUGGUGCAGACCUACGGCCAGCAGUCUGUGGAGUUAACCAGGGAGGUUUUACAGAAAAUGAACAAGACUGAUCUGAUGCAGAGGUUGUCAAAGCCCAGCUCAGGACUCAAAGAGAAACAGUCUGUGGAUGAACAUCAACCUGCAGUGUCAGAGCGACACGAUUACAGAAAAACUGGCCGGAUUUUCAUUAAACUUGGUAAACUGUCGUGGUAUGGGCCAAAAACUCAGGAAAAGGCAUUAUCUGCAGAGGUUGUGACUACACCAUCGGCGUUGACGGAGGUAACAGAAGCUGUGAAACAGAUUGUUUUGAAAACACUGAAGGAUUUGAGUAACAAGGAGCUCAGGAAAUUCAAGCAGUUGCUGCAGUUCACGUCCUUCAAGAAGAGCCUCCCAUACAUCCCAUUGGAUGUACUGUAUUUUGCAGACCGUGCAGAUGAACUGGUGGAUCUGAUGGUGAAGACCUGCGGCCAGCAGUCUGUGGAGGUGACCAGGGAGGUUUUAAUGGACAUGAACAGGACUGAUCUGGUAGAGAGGUCGUCAGAGACCAGCUCAGGACUCAAAGAGAAACAUCCAUCUAAACGGAUCCAGAAAGAAGGAACCAUGACACCAGUUCAGGAGAAGCUUUUGGAAACACUGAAAGAUUUAAAUGACGGGGAGCUCGAGAAAUUCAAGCAUGUCCUGCAGUACACUAAAAUGGAGAAAAGCCUCCCAAUAAUCCCAAGACGGAGAAUGGAGAUGGCAGACAGAGUUGGAAUAGGGAAGCUGAUGGUGGAGACCUACGGCCAGCAGUCUGUGGAGGUGACCAGAGAGGUUUUUAAGAAGAUGAACAGGAGAGAUCUGGUAGAGAGGUUGUCAGACAUCAGCUCAGGAUCCAAAGAACAACAACGCUGUUUGUGGUGUGUAGGGCGCGGCGCUGUCCAUAGCACUGAAAUGGAGCGGAGCAGAGGAGAUCAACAGACAGACAGACACAGUUUCUUAGCCCGCUUAAGGCCUUCAAGAAGCUUGGAGCCUGAGGCUGGUGGAAGCGUUAUGCGGGACUCCAGUGACUGGACUAAACUUGAACCUGAAGUGAACAGUCCAGAUGCAGACGAAUCUCUAACUUACAGCCUACAGUCUGACGCAGGAAACUUUGAAUGUGGUGUCUCUGGCUUGCGCUGGGUCUGUAAGCAGAAGGUCAGCUUUAAGUACCAGUUCUGCUCUUGGGAGGAACCUAUGGAGAGGAUGGAAAGCAUCAAAUACAUGGCUGCAGGUCCCCUAAUAGACAUCAAAGUCAUUGCUGGGAAGUUAGAUGAGGUGUACCUGCCACACUGGAUCUGCAUACAUGACAACCCUACUCUAUUAGACAGGUUUGCAGUCCUACACAUAGAUGACUGUGGAGAUGUUGUGGAAAAAGUGUCUGAAGUCACAUCGUCCCAUGUCAAGCUGUCUGAACCAGUUUUCUCUCCAAGAGCAGUCCUGAUGAAAUUCGGCCUUCCAGUGAAAAUAAACUGCAACGUGUUAAUAUACUAUAAACCCAACACACCAUACCUCAUUCUACACGUUUACCUGAUCCCACGUGAUCCGGCGCUACAACAGACAAUGGACAAGAAGAAAGGAGCAUUCAAAAUAAUCAAGAAGCCACGACCAGACAAGUACCUGAAGAUGCAACAGGGUUUCAACCUCACAGCAGACAUAGACACAGCAGCAAUUAUCCCAGAGAAAAUAACCCUCCGAUAUGAUAGCCAAGACCCAAAUUUCUAUGAAGUGUACAUAGAGAAUCCAGACAGGAACUUCCACCUGACACUCUCACACCUUUACAAAAGGAAGGGGGAACAACAGCGUGAACCAGUGUGGAACUGUGAAAUUCGAAAAGCUGACUUUCAAAACUCUGGUGAAUCUGAAGCUGCAGAAUCAACUGGACCAUGUGAUAGUGCUACAGUAAGAGUCAAAAAGACAGGUGGACAAUCCUCCAUACCUGGUUCAAGUGACAAGAAACACUCUGUGGAGGAACACCUGUCUGAACUGAUGCAGAAGGAAGCAACAAUCACUACGGACAGAGGGAGGCUUUUGAAAAUGCUGGAGAACUUGAAACAGGAAGAGUUUGAAGGAUUCAAGUGGAACCUGCAGGACAAGCACUUACUUGCAGGCCUCCCAUGCAUCCCAUGCCACCUACUGGAGAAGAGUGACAGGUUUGACCUGGUGAAUCUGAUGUUGCAGACCUACAGCCAACAGUCUGUGGAGGUGACCAAGAAGGUCUUCAAGGAAAUAUACAGGAAUGAUCUGGUGCAGGAGUUGUCAGACACCAGCUCAGGAUCCAAAGCUGCAGGAUCAUCAGCUUGAGCAUCUGGUGUGAAUACGGCAGAGAGAGAUAAACUCUGUGGUUGAACACCUGUCUGCACAGAUCCAGAAAGUGAACAAAGACACAUCUGUCUGAGAUGUGAACACAGCUUUUAUUCAAUACAUGCUGGUUGAAAACCGUCCUCACCUUGAACUGAGAAAUUACAAUACAAAACCAAAAUUCAUUAUUUUUCAUCAUACAGAACUGAGACUGUAUUCAGGUUUGUCUCUUCAGCUUCUUGCAUUUUUUCUUCAGUAAUGUAACAGUACUGCGAUCUCUAGCGCCGAGGAACACAAGAGGAAAUGUGACUUUUUAUGCCUCUCAGUAGCGAAUUUAUUCAAAUUUGGCACAAACGUCCAUUUGGACUCAAGGAUGAACUGAUUAGAUUUUGGUGGUCAAAGGUCACUGAGACCUCACAAAACAAGUUUAUGGUCAUAACUCAAGAAUUAAUAUGCUAAUUAUGACAAUUUCACACAAAUGUCUAACAAGAUGAAAGUGGUGACAUUUUGGACUGACCUGGAUGUAAACUGCAACUUGACUGAUUGGCGGAGGCGUACAACCGCGAGGCCGUAAUUACUUUAUUCAUGUCAGUCAAACUGAAUUUUUCUGUUUUUAAAACAGAAGUGUGAAAUUAUUCUGUGGCAUGAACACGGACGGUGAUUUCCUUUAGCAACAGAUCAGAUUUUUCUAGCUGCACAGUGUGCGAAAAGAAAUAUAUUAACCAGUUUAUAGGAUUUAAAGGAGUAAGGGGGAUGAAGGGAAUCAUCUUUUCCUCUGAUGAUGUUUAAGCAAUGCAAGCACACAACAGUAUUACAUGUCAAAAUGGAACAAAUGUGUGUAUAUAUAUAUAUAUAUAUAUAUAUGUAUAAUCUGGUGUACACAUUUACAACAGGAUGUAAACAGGUGUGAGAUCUGGAGGUGAAGAGCUUACAGGCCUACAGGGUGAUGUUUCUGGCUUUAUUGAGGUAAAAACAAUCGUAUAAUGUCUACUUGCCUCACAUUGAGAUUCAUCUUUUAUUAUAGUUGAGGAUAAAUUACAUGUUAUAUAUGCCUUUAUGUAUUUUUUUAAAUUCCUGUUUUCUGUUUUAUAAAAUUGUAUUUUGUUAUCUUAAAGUGUUUUUAUAUUUACUGUAUAUUUUGUCUUGAAACCUUUUUCAUGUCUUACAUGAAGCACUUUGAAUUGCCUUGUUGUUGAGAGGUGCUAUGCCAACACAUCUGUGUUACAUAUAAAUGUACUGUGUACAUUGAAUUCA